GCCCGCCAACCCACCUUUUGAGACGGACGACAAUUCGACGCUGGCAUUGCCCUCUUGGACGAAUUGCAAUGGCUUCAGUAUCAAGAGCCGCAAGGCUAUGCGCCAUGGCUUGCCGUCGGGCCCCUCGAAUACAACAAAUCCCCCGGCCUCAGCCGCUUAUCCGCCCAAAACCGCAUGCUCAACGGGCAUUUACCACUUCAACGAUACGAUGGGCGCGCGAGGAGGAUCAACGCCAAGACGACGCUGAGGAGGAUGAUUUCGGUCCUAUAGAGCUGAAGAAGCUGGAGGCUGCGUUAGCUGAGGCUUCCACACCGGAGGGGCUGAAACAAUUGGAUCAGCUGGCCAAAGAGAAUGGUUAUAAUUCCAUUGACCACUACCUGCAAAAUGAGCUGGAAUGGCACCCUGGCUGGGCGUCGGAGGAUAGGUCAGUGCUGGAAGAUAUCACAAGAGAUGACAAGGGUGAAAGGCCCAAUAAACAGUCAUUCUGGUUCGACGAGGAGGAUCCCGAAACCAAUACCGAAGAACUCGAGGAAUUCGACGAGGACGACAUAACAUCUAUGGCUCAUGGCAAGCUUGACGAAAUUCGAGAUAUGCGACAGUACGCACGACUGGCAGUAUGGGAGUUGCCUCUUCUGUCAAAGUAUGCCAAGCCCUUCGUCCCUCCUAGCGACAACCAGGUUCUGCGAUGGCGGUACACUUCUUAUAUGGGCGAAUUCCACCCUGCGGAGAAAAAGGUGGUGGUGCAGUUCGCCCCCGAUGACCUGAAGCUCACCCCAGUUCAAACCGAGAAGCUUAAAAAGCUUGCUGGCCCUCGCUACAACCCCGAGACAGAAAUCAUCAAGAUGAGCAGCGAUAGCUUUGAGCACCAAGCACAGAACAAGCGCUACCUCUCCAAUCUAGUUGACGACCUCAUUGCUGCUGCCAAAGACCCCAAGGACACAUUUGAGGAUAUCCCUCUUGAUACCCGACAUCAUAAGAUUCAGCCUAAGCCGCAAUUCCCCAAGGAGUGGCGCAUGUCUCCUGAGCGCCGUGAACAGCUUGAUGCCCACCGCCAACGCUUAGCGAUAGAGGAUGCUAAAAUCGCCGAGAGCGGUCGGCUGAUCGAUGGAACACAGGCCAUCGACGAGUACCUGAUCAAGAGGGCCGCCGAGGACCAGAAGAAGGCUAAGAUUGCGGAGCUUGUGCCUGCAACACCCGGUAAGAGUGCUGGCGGUAGCCGUGCGAGGAGAUAAGAAAUAAAUAGACAAACCCCUCAGAUGUUUAACGUGGGGAUGAUAUGUAUUAUACGUACGCUGAAACAGGCGGAGCAUGUACAACUGCAGGUGUAUAUAUAAGCGGACAUGAACAAAAGGCACACGGAUAUUGAGCCGUCUUAGGCGAUUUUGAGUCAGCUUCUUAGAGUGCACAUGGAGCGAAUGUGGCAUGAACACCUAGUUUAGGAGGACGUUCAUGAUCAAAGUGCCUGUACAGCCAACC